UUGCUCGCUCUUAAUCACCCAAUUUGUUACAUAAAAUAGAAACUAUCAGUCUUUUUUUCAAGAUAUAUAACCCUUUACCGCCUUUACGUGACACACUUAUAGGAAUUAUCGGAAAAUGACUCAUUUGGCCGUUUUAGCAAAGCGUGCGGAAAGAAAACAAAUUCCCGUCAAUUGCAAGAGAAGCUGGUGGUGAAAAGUAUGUGUGCAAGUGACAGACAAGUGUACCCGUCUCGUCGUAAUUUAUUCCCUAACAAACAGCCAGCCAUCGGGGAGAGUAGGGCCGGCUUGGCUGCCACAAUCAGAGCAUCGUCCAAGGCUCCGGACGCUGCGAAUAUCGCGGCCAGCGGCGGCAGGAGUUGAGUGGAGAGGCGCACGAAUGACGUCAAUGCUGGCGCGAGAUGACAGCAAGGGCGAGAACCGGCCGACCAGUCCGUCUGCGACCUCCGGCGAAAGCGAAGCUCUUUGCGCUUGAAAGCGUCCGUCCGAGUUCGAAAAGGGUUCGAGUUUUAUUUUUGCAUCCUCAUGAUGGCGAUGGCUGGCGAAACCCUGCAAGUGCACCAGCCGUUUCAUAACGGAGCCGUUGACAGGUUUCACGGCAGUGUCCGGAAUGCAGUCAACGAGCAGGAGAGCAAACAGUGCUAUCUGAACAACAACUCGGUCGACUACGUUUUCCGAGUCAACAGCCUCAGGAGCAACAACUUGACCUUUGAUCGGGCCAACCAGCAGCAGACCAUCCGCAUCCGAGUCAGCUCCAUCGACGAGCCAGACGAUUUGGACCAACAGACCGGCACACUGGCUUCUAAAACAGCGGGCGAGGAGAGACUGUCAAAGGAGGAGCAGCUGAGCCGAGCGGUGCAGGGCAUCAACCUCGACCCUUCACAGCCGCCGCGCGUGGUGUUGUGCGCGGCCGCCUCCACCGCCUCCGAGCAGGCCCACGCGGUGCCCCGUUCCCGCAGCCCGAGUCCCCUUUUGGAAGUGCCCCUCGAGAGCGUGGACAUUUCGCGCGAGAUCCGCCGGCCGCCGCUGUAA